AAUGCUAUAAUUAUGGAAUCACCAGUCAGAAUAUGUAUAGGUGCAACAUUGGUAGUAAACUUACUACUGAUAACGAGCACGCUAGUAACAGCAAAUACUUUGCCGAUCGAAUCGAAUUCUAGUUUAAUUAAGAGCGACAGAAAUCCCAGAUAUGGUAGAGUUAAUAUCACUGGAUGGGUGGGAAGAAACAAAUCCAAAUCACUUGACAUAGCAUUAAAUGAAUUGAAUCCUAAAGAUUCGACAAGUGAGGAACACACAGAGAAGAAUGCUAAAUAUAAGGAUAGGGGAAGAGUUAAAUUUAAUUUACAAUCAAAAUCUACGACACAGGGCCCUAUAAAAAGAACUGUGACUGCCUCGCAAGCACCUGAUGUUAUUAUUGUUACACCGACCCCUGAAGUAAAGAAACCAGCACAGAUUAUAAGUAGUAUGCAAACUUACAAGAAAACGAAGAUGCCGGCCGUUACAGUUGUAAAAAAUAGCGAGCCAGGUUCAGCUAAGUUAGAGACACAAAGCGAGGAAAGAUUUAACGAAGAAGACGAGGAUGAAGAUAAAGAAUCUUUUGAAAAAUAUACAUCAACUAAGUUUGAUGAUAAUAGCUACUUUACUAUACCAAGUUUUGAUGAUGAAGAUGGUGACGAUUUUAGUACUAAGAAAUAUAAACAUGCAUCUAGUAAAAAGUCAAAUCAUAACUACAAUACGCCUACAUUCGAUUCCUACUUUCCUAAGAAUGUAUAUACAACUAACGAGGAAUCAUAUAAAUCAUCAGAUUCAUUCUAUAAUUUUGAUUCUGAUCUCACUACUCCUAAGAAUGAUUUCUUCGACAAAAAGUAUCAAGAAAUAUCAUCCAGUAUUUUAAAUACUUUAGACACUAUUAAAGCUAAAUCCCCGCCGCCGAAUAUGACAAACGUUCAUAAAAUAGUUAAAGAAAAUGUAGGUUUUGAGAAGUUAAGUAAUAAUACUCCUACUAAUAAAUCUACAGUAUUUAUAAAAAAUACCAAAGAAAUUCGAUUCCUAGAUAAUGAUGAAGCAGAUACUAACAAUAAAGGUUUAUCAGAUGUACAAGGUACGAGUAUCUAUUAUGAAAUGACCGUAUUAUCCACUGAGACUUAUAAUAUAAAGGAAAUUAAUGAUGACGACUGUGACGGUGAUAAUCAAUCUCCUUCACCAACAUUAAGUACACCAAUUAAAGAUGAGUUAGCGUCUAUUAAAGCAAAAUAUCCUGAUUUUGUGGAGACUUCGACAAGGCGAAGUUUCUCAGAUUCUGAUCCAAGUGCUGUAUCAUUAUCUCCGGUUACAAUGAGUCCAAUGCCUAGUAGCACAUAUCAUUCAAUUUUCAGUUCAUUAGGACCCGUUCCGGUUUCAACACAAAAUGUUGUAUUUUCCACUGACACGUCUAGACUAUUUUCGAGUAAUUAUAAUAGAAACAGAAAUUAUUCGAAACGACUCAAUUUGUCUGGCACUAAAGAUUCUCCAAACAGUGUGUUAUCUACUUUACAAACCGAACAAGCGUCUUCGAACCAAGCUUAUAAACCGCAGACAAGAAGAUUUCAUUACACAACACCAAAAACAAAACCAAUAUGGAUGGCUCCAAGAAAGAAUGUUACUAAAUCAAAUUAUCCCAGACUUCCUACUACUAUAUAUUCUGAACAUUUCGAUAUUAAAGAUAAGAUAUCGAGUACACAUAAACCAAAAUUAUCGACAAGAACAAUUUUAACAACUCAGUCUUCAGACAUAGAUCCAGUGUUACAAACUGAGGUUAGUGGUGUUAAAAAAAUCGUUCAAACUCAGUCUAUAUCCGAUAAUACCAUUCCAUCCUUGUGGAAGAGGGGUUCAACAAAGUUUUCAUCUUCGACUUCAACAUCUGCACACGAGACACGCGGUGGGAUAAAUGAUAUGGAGAUACCGCCUACUUUAACUGCGUGGGCCUUGGCUAGCAUGCGAAGUCCUCCGUCGUUGUCCAGUAACGUGGUGAAUGUUACUGGAUCGACACAAAAGAGUGUUGACGAAAAUGAACUGCAGAAAGUCGGCGAAAUUAUAGACAAGAAAGAGACAACCACGAGCUCGACAACGACGAGCACUCCUACGACGACUAGCAAUGAAUUCUUAUCAAAAAAUAUAACAGAAAUCUAUCAAAAUAAGUUACCCUUGAAACCAGUACUACCUACAAAGGUAAAUUCUAUAGAUGACACGAGUGGGAAUGCAGCUGAAUCAAUAUCAGAAAGGGUACCAGCUGAAAGUAAUAUAUCCGUUCAAAGUAGUCCAGAGCCUUCUAGUACAGAAACGGUUAAAAAAGACAUUUCCAAAACAAAUUCAGUAGUAACCACUAACAGUUUUAGGAACAAAGAUCCUGAAACUUCGUGGAUCCCAAUUACUAGUGGUGAUCAGACGAUAAAUGACGAAACGAAUUUAGAAGAAUUGUCAAAAACAGAAAAAAUUCCACCAGUUGACGCAACUAAGUCAACUGGUUUUGAAUCUAUUACAAAAUUACCUGCAGGUGUAACGACCCCUAAAGACGAAACAGCGGCUUCUUCAGAAGUGAAGAACAAAACGCAAGAGUCAAAUAACAUACCUGUUAGAACGGAUUACGAAAUAACUACAAUAAGGUUUUCUUAUGUUCCUACAGAGGAACUGACUGAAACUACUGAAUCUGCUGAUAACACAGAUUGGAUACCUGCCUUCCCAACUAGAACGCAAGUUACACCUAAAGAGGAAAGUCCUAUAACAACUUACAGACCAAAGUAUGUUACAAUGAUUGACCAUCUUGAUGAAACAACUACUAUUACUAUUGAUAGUACCCCUAUGAUAGAAAUAUCAUCACAAAUUCUUGAAAGCUCCACCAAAGAGGAAACACCGACUACAACGGAGGUUAUUGAAGAUGUAACACAAAUAACUACUCAGCCAACUCCUGCUGUAGUAACGACAACUGGAAGUACUAUGCAGAAUUAUGAACAAACUACAAUAGAAAACGAAACUACUUCACCAGUAGAAACUACUACGAUCGUAGUUAGUGUCGCAACAGAGAUAAAUUCUGAAAGAGUUCCCGUUACUGUUUACUCGCCCUCUGAUAAAACUGAAACUGUUUCUGUAAUGGAGACUGAUAGCACAACACAAGAAAAUAUUAAACGCAAUGAAGUUGUUACAACAGAAAACCAACCAAAAACGGUGACCUUACCGGUAACAACUACUGAAGCAGUUACAACUACCACUGAACCAACACCGAUCACAACUGAGGCAGUAACAACAAAGAUAAUAACAACCACAGAAAUAAAAAAAACAACGCAACACGAUGCUCAUCUUGUUGAAACUACGCCAGCAACAACAGAGCAAUACACAACAGAUGCAACAACUAAGUCGGUGAAUGAUUUAGAAGAUUUGACGAGUUAUUCUGGUGAUGUGACAACUGAGUCGUCUUCAAGAGUUCUGGAAGAGGAGGCGGGGUCGGGUGCCGCGAUAGCUAUAGCAGUCAGCACGAUUGGUGUCAUUGCUCUGGUGCUGUUAGUUGGAUUGCUGUUGAUAGUACGUCGCCGAGGUCGCCGUGGCGUGUACGCUCAGCGCUGCACCCCAGUAUCUUUGGACGCAUAUAGUCUUGAUAGCGUCAGCGUGGGACACAGGAAGGGCAACCACCGACUACGCGCCAGCAAGCGGAGCUAUGGGAACCCUGCUUAUGAUGACGAGGUGACGUCACACCCUAUGCAGUACGCAGCACUUGCCAAUUUCGCGAUGGAUAUAGACUCUAUUAUAGCCGAGUUUACAGAAAUCCCAUCAGUAACUGUUCGGCCAGAUGAAGUACCGCCAGGGUGUGAAGACAAAAAUCGGUACUCCAAUGUACUGCCACUGCCAGAGACUAGAGUACCGUUGAAGAGGAUCGGUAAUGAUCCGACUACAGAGUACAUCAACGCUAACUACAUAAUGGGUCCUGGAAAUAUACGUAACUACUAUAUCGCGUGUCAGGCUCCACUAGCCAACACUGUGAUAGAUUUCUGGAGGAUGAUAUGGGAACAGAACUCUCGUCUCAUCGUGAUGCUUACCGAGUACAUGGAAAAUGGAGUUGAAAAAUGCUAUGAAUAUUUACCACCAUCAGAAAUAUCAGACAACAAGAGGACUUUUGGGGAUUUCCAAAUUAUCCUCAAAAAGAGAGAGCAAAGGGACAAAUACGCCAUAUCCAGUGUUCAGCUUAUAAACAUGGCGACCAGGACUUGGAGGGAGGUCACUCAUUUGUGGUACUUCUGGCCAGCUAAGGGCGUCCCCGAUGAUUACGACUCCGUGAUAGACUUCUUAUCGGAAAUGCGAAGUUAUAUGAAAAUUACGCAAACUGCUAAGGAGUAUGAUGAAGAUGGUGUCGAAGUAAUUUAUCAAGACCAAAGCAGAUCGUCAUAUCACAAUCUUUCGAAACUCCGUGAGGAAAAUGGCUCCAGCAAUGGAGUCAACGUGUACUCUCCCGCUAAGGCCGAGGAGAUGAUGAUGAGAAGAGGAAAUGCCACUAAUGGUACUUUGGGCAAAAUGAAAGCUGCUUCGGAGGUUGAAAGUGUGCGGCCGUGCGUGGUGGUGUGCGCGUCGGGCGCGGGCCGCUCGUGCGCGCUCAUCGCUGGCGAGCUGUGCGCGCGCGCGCUGGCGGCGGGGCGGGCCGACGUGCCGCGCGCCGUGCGCCGCCUGCGCGACCAGCGCCCGCACGCGCUCUCCAACCGACACCACUACGUCUUCUUGUACAAGUUACUAAGUGAAUACGGCAACAGACUGAUGGGUGGAGGUAUGGACACAAUUUGAAGAUCUUCUCAGGGUAAGGCUUUAGAUUAAGAACCGUCGAAUUAUCUAAGCUCAAAAUUUGACCGUUUAUCGGCAUAAUUUCGUUAAAAAAA